UCCUUCUUCGAGCCCACCCGGGUUCAUGACUCGAGCAGCCCAUAAUAUUGCCAAUUGCGCACAGUCAAAUAGCCAAAUACGACGCCGUUGAUAUCGUCUCCUACUUUUAGUCCUCUUCAUUUUCCCUGCAAACCAGAAUCGAAAGAAACAGCAAAUAGUUUUCAGACUUCCAGUGCGUAAAUGGCUUUCGCCACCCGAUUAUUUUCCAGAUCCACUCGACAGAAUAUUAUGCGACUGGAGCAUGCGAUUCCGGCCCGUUCAUUUGCUAAAGGAGCUGGCGGUGCUCCCCCUUCGUUAAAGGGUGAUGAGAUGCUGAAGGGCAUUUUUCUGGAGGUUAAGAAGAAAUUUGAGACAGCCCUUGGGGUUCUCAGAAAAGAAAAGAUCACCAUAGAUCCUGACAAUCCCACUGCAGUGGCUGAAUAUAACAAAGUCAUGAAGACUGUAAGAGAGAAGGCUGAUCUCUUUUCAGAGUCACAAAGGAUCAAAUACACUAUUGAAACAAGAACACAAGGUAUUCCAGAUGCUCGAACAUAUUUGCUGACGUUAAAGGAGAUAAGGAUCAAGAGAGGCCUUACUGAUGAACUGGGUGCAGAGGCUAUGAUGAUUGAUGCAUUGGACAAAGUUGAGAAAGAACUGAAGAAGCCUCUUAUGAGGAAUGAUAAAAAGGGAAUGGCCCUCCUUGUGGCAGAGUUUGAUAAAAUCAACCAGAAGUAA